AUGUCAACUUUGAUAGUUGAAGACUCGCAUGUGAAAAGACUGAAGUCAUUCAUAGGAGCCGACCGUCCAGCCGAAGCUGUUUUCAACAUCUCCGGAUUAAAAGAAGUGAAUUACUUUGGAUUAAGCGGAGGACUUAUUAACAAGGGUCACCAUUUAUCUGUCAUUUUAUCUGCAGUUAGACGCUACAACCCGCAGCAUCUCAUUGUGUUUAUCGGGGGUAAUGACCUAGAUUCGCGUGACCCAGAUUAUAGUUCUGAGUGUGUGGUGUCGAAACUGACUGCAUUUUUAACGCAGCUAAAACGAGGAUUUAAUCUGAAAACAGUGACAGUGUUAAGCUUCAUCACGAGCUUCUACCACAUGCCGUCAACACCUAAGAGGAGAAGGAGGAGCAAAGGAGCAUCGGCCCAAAACAGCGAUGGUAAUCAGAUUCCGCCCACGGCAGGAAUGCCGCAGAGGGACCAAGAUGACAUGAUUAAAUCAUGCAUGGCUGCCAUUCUGCCAACCAUUGAGGACACCUAUAAACGCUGUAUGGCGGAUAACUACAACAGGAACAAUCAAACAACUGGACAAACAUCUGCCACAGAAACGCAGCCCGAGCAGCCAUCACAACCCAAACCUUCGGAACCAGUCUCCUCAGAGUCAGUCUCAUUGGAGUCAGUAUCGCCCAACCCUCCACUCAUUGAGGAAAUCAUAACGCAAGGUGAAGAAAUUUCGGGCACGCUUCCCUCAUAUGGACAGCGGACCAACACCAGUCCCCUCAAGUUUAGUGAAGAUCUGACCUGUACAGCUGACCUAUUGGUUCGAAGUUCUUUAUCACCGUCGACUCUAUUGGCUUACAAAUCAGCCUUUUCAUCAUACAAAUGCUUUAUUGAACAGACUUUCGGGAACCAAACAUCCCCACUUCCACCUUGUGUGCAACACCUAUCACUUUUUGUUGCUCAUUGCUACCAGAAAGGUUUUGCCGCAUCUACCACUUCCACACUAGUAUCCUCAUUGAGUUUCAUCUUCCAACUCGGAAACUAUUCAGAUAUAACACAGCAUUUCAUCAUCCGCAAAAUGCUACAGGGAUACCGUAAAUCCAAACCAACAACUGACCCAAGGCUUCCAAUAACCCCAGUUGUGUUGAGGAAACUCAUUCAGGCUUUGGAUUUCACCACUUCAUCGGAUUUCACAAAAUCACUUUGGCGUGCCAUGUUUACCCUUGCAUUUUGUGCCUUCUUACGAGUCGGGGAAAUAACGAAAACACACACUACAACUCAACAUUUUCCACUCUUUGGAAACGUUACGGUAGGGAGCGACAGUCCACAGAACAGGUUCAUUGACAUAAAUAUACCCCACUUCAAACACUCAAAGGCAAACACAACAACACUCCGCUUGAAACAAAAUAAUAAGGACCCUUUAGUGUGCCCAUACAAAGCUCUGCUGCAUUACCCGAACCUCAGAAAGCAUUGUUCCCAUGCAGAACCUUUGUUUUCUUUUAUGGAUGGUUUGCCUAUUUCUCGCCAGUACUUUACUCAGCAGUUGCGAUCGGCUUUACCUUUCUGUAACCUUGACUUACAAAGUUACAACACUCAUAGUUUCCGCAUUGGUGCCGCCACUACAGCUGCCUCACUUGGAUUCUCCGAACAAA